AUGAAGGACAUGGCCGACCUCGAUCCGGCGGUGAAGCUGCUGACGAUCCUCAACGUGCAGUCGGCCCACCUCGGGUCCAAGCACUACAAGCAGCAGAACAAGCAGCAGAACCCCCUCAAGCGGAACGGGACCACCUCCCCGACGGAGGCCUCGAUCAGCCGCGACUGGUAUUCGAUCGCCAAAAGGGCCAAGGUGCAAGACGAGAAGCAACCAGUACCAGAAAAGAAGAAGGUGCAACAGCCCAGCCCAGCACGUGCAGCUGCGCACGACGAAGACCACGAUCAAGAUCACGACCCGGAGCAGGAGCAGGAGCAGCUUCUCGACGAUCCCUUCGAGCUGCACUGGAGCACCGCGUCCGAAGCCAUACCCACCCAACUCGAAUGGGGCCCGAGGCAGAAACGCGUCGUUCCUCAGCUCGCAACCUUCCACGAAUCAUCCUGCGCGACCUCCACCUCCACCUCCGCCCUCGUCCCCGCCGAGACCUCCGCCCGAGCUUCGCAACCGUCGACCUCGUCUGCGAGUUCGGCUGCGAGCUCGGCUGCGACAACCUCGUCGUCGACGGCCACUCUCGUCGAUCCCAAGCGGGUUGACAAACUCUACAACUCGAAAUUGCUCGACAAGUAUCGCGAAAACAUCGACUCGUCUGCUUCCGGUGAGCAAUCAGCAAUCAGCAAUCCCAAUUCUGCUUUGCUUGGAUGCGGUCAUCGUGUGCUUAUACUCGCUUCGCGUCGUUCCCCUCUUCCUUCUCCAUUCAUCAGCAUCCCUCCCGCCCUUCGACCAAGGAUGGCUAUCCCUCCUGUCGACCUACAAGGACGUGCUCUACCCGACCCUCACACCCCAGCGCCACGACCAACUCCGCGCCGCGUUGGCCCUCCACAGCAUGAAUCACGUGCUCCGGCAAGUCCCCCCGCCCCGCUCCCGCCCCCGUCCCUACGAGUGAUUCGGCGCAACUGACCAGGUGACCCUGCCGAACUGGUCGUGACAGAACACGCAUCAAGGUGUUGAAGAACAACGAACAUCUCUCCAAGCUAGCAGCGAGCACACCUGCGGCGCCUGCAAAGAAGGGCAAACCCGCCUCAGCCCCUGCCGCCUCAUCGUCGUCGUCCGUACCACCGCGCAACAUCCAGGACCAAGGCUUCACCCGACCCAAGGUGCUCGUCCUCGCACCCUUCCGCAAUUCAGCCCAUGCAUGGGUCGACCUCCUCACCCGUACCUCCCAAGCCGAGACGAUCGAGAAUCGCGCCCGAUUCGACACCGAGUACCUGCUCCCCGCAGGCGCUUCCGACAAGUUGGCCGAGAACCCUCAGGAUUACCCUGCUGACCAUGUCGAGACCUUCCGCGGUAACAUUGACGAUAGCUUCAGGCUGGGGAUCAAGGUUACUCGCAAGAGUCUCAAGCUCUUUUCGGAGUUUUAUUCUUGCGAUGUUAUCGUCGCCAGCCCUUUGGGACUGAGGACCAGUAUCGAGAAGGAGAAGUGAGUUACCAAAGAGGUGGCGUGCUUUGUACGCGUCAGUCGACUUACAACGCAUGAGCGUCUUUUGCGUCAUUAGAGACGACGCCGACUUUUUGUCUUCGAUCGAAAUCCUGAUCGUUGACCAAAUGGAUGUCAUGCUGAUGCAGAAUUGGGACCACGUCUCGGUGAGCUUUCGUGACCCCUAAUUCGAACCUUUCAGACGCAUCAAACUGAUUCCCGUAAUUCUCAAUCUUUCCCAGUUCAUCAUGGACCGUCUCAAUAAAUUGCCCGAGGAAUCUCAUGGGUGCGACUUCUCACGAGUCAAGCCGUGGUACUUGGACGGCAAGUGAGUGAACAAACGGCAUCGCUUUCUCGCGUCCUCAAGAGCUUGCCCAGAGCUGACAUCUCUCUUUUUGUUUGGCCACCAAAAGAGCUUCACACCUCCGCCAAAGCAUCCUCUUAUCGGCAUACGAGACACCUGAGAUUCGAUCGCUGUACAAUCGAAGCCUCGUCAACAUUGAGGGAAAGCUCAAGGCCGAGGUCAAACACGACGGCUUGCUCACCCAGGUGCCCAAAGGCGUCAAGCAGGUUUUCACGAGGUUCGAAUGCGCAGAUGUGUACAAGGAGGACGAUAUGAGGUUCGAGCACUUUACGACCAAGGUCAGCCGUCCUCGCUUUCUGCAUGCAGGGGAUACAAAGGCUGGACACUGACGCUGCCGUUUUGUGCAGACGUUGCCGAUGUUGCGUCGGUCGGCUGUGAGCUCGUCGCAGACCAUCAUCUUCGUGCCUUCCUACUUUGAUUUCGUGCGCCUGAAAAAGUACCUCAAGAAGCUCGACGAUUUCUCCUUCUCUUCCAUAUCCGAGUGAGUACCUUGUUCACUUCAGUUCGUGGUCUUACGGUGUUGUAAAUCGUCUCUUUGCGUUCUUUUCCCAUCAGGUACACUCCCACACCGGAUGUUUCGAGGGCACGCGGCGCCUUCUUUGCCGGGAAAACGUCGUUCCUGUUGGUGACGGAGCGCUUCCACUUUUUCCGUCGGUCAGUUCAAUCGGAUGAGCUGCUCGACCCCAAGAGGUUCGCUUGCGGUGACUGACUUCUUACACUCUCGUGCACCGAUGUUUAGGUAUCGCCUCCGAGGCGCCAAGACCUUUGUUUUCUAUGCCCCACCGGACCACCCGCAAUUCUACCCCGAAAUCCUUUCCUUCCCCUUCACUCGACCUGGGCAGGUCACCGUCGCGUCGUACGAUGACCCGAAUCGAACGACGGUCGAAGAUAUCGACGCGAGCGAAAUCACCAGUCAGGUCAUCUUUUCCAAGUUCGACCUGUUGAGGUUGGAGAGGAUUUGUGGGGAUGCCGAUGCGCGCAGGAUGACGGGUGCGGGGGCGGAUGAGACCAAGUUUGCUUACUUGUUUUGA